AAAAUCUCAAGCUUUGAUGCACUACCGCAAACACACUGAUUUGUUUGAAAGGAUGAGGGUAUACCACUUGGUGGCGGUAAUGCACCAAUCUGUAGUUUGCCUUUCGCAAUUAACAACACAAAGAAUAAGCAGAAGAAGAAAACUAAGAGUUGGCGGAAAAGUGUCCAGAUUUGAAGUCAGAGCUGCUCCCCGGGGCAGGGGUAACUAGAGAGGAGCAGAUCUGUGGCAGAGAAGUUGGCCGGACGGUAGCCUGAUGAACGACUGGAAGAUGCAUCAGUGGGAUUUGUCUCCGUUUUCCGUGACUCCGGCUGCGAGCUUGCUGUCCAGAUGUGUCUCUGUCGGAGCUGCAUCCCAGGAGGAAAUUGACUCUGCCUUCUCUGACCCAAACCCCGUCUUCUCAUCGCACCUGCAUGAGGCUGAAGAGCAAAUCAGAAAACAGAAGCAGCUGGAUGAGGUGCAGCUCCAGUUAGAGCUGUUGAAGGUGGAGGAACAAAGUGCUGACGUCACCCAUGGCUUCCACCUCAGUCACAAGAAUGAGAAGCUGCAGCUGCUUGGUAAUCACCUCCUGGGAAUCCUGAGGGAAUACAAGGUUCUGAGACAGAGACUGAUGAGGCCGCUGGUUCGCACCAGCCUGCCUGUUGUGGUUCACAUGCACGCGUUUGUGGUGGACUCCAUCAAGCUGAUGAUGGACUUCAUAGAGUGUCUGGAGGAGAAGCUGAGAUCCAGCCACAAUCAGACCACCGCCACCGACUGUCUCACCCUGCUGGAUAGAUCGCUCGCCCUCAUGCAGACUCUGGCAACAGAAUCAGAGACUUUGUUUCGCAGGAUUCAGCAGUGGAGGUCCAUCAGCAGCAGCCGCCCAGGAGCAUCAGAGGAACAGCAUCGUUCUUUUCCCACAUCUGGGCUGUCAGCUUCCUGAGAAAUCUUUAGUUUUCCUCUGAUCAGAAUCCCCAACCUGCAUGAGUACAGCUACCAAUACGGCUUCUGUAAUUCCAGUAGCCAGUGAACAUCUCACCUUCACGUCUCUGAGAUCACAGCUGUUUCUAUGAAACCAUCUUUGAGAGGUUUUUAUCAACUGGACCCAAAUUCAUGUAGCUAUCACCUGCUGGACCUCACUAACAGCGUUAUGCUCUUUCACAUAAUAUUGUAACCUCAACUGUAUAUUGUUAUGUUAUUUUACAGAUUUGAAUAAAACUUGGUUGAAUUUUA